ACCGUUACAACUUAUUUGUGCUAUCGCUCUAUUAAAGCAAUUUGUAAAAGACUUAUGGUCAUCAAUUGCCUUGGAAAAAGCUUUAACUGAGCCAAUCCAAUUUAAUUUUAUGGAUUCACAUAGGUUUAUUGCCACCCUAAAUAGCUUUAUGCAGAAUCCACACCCAUUAAUCCAAUCUCUCAAGUUUUAUUUUCUUAAGGAUUUACGAGCUCGGGGUCUCACGAUGAGUGAUCUUAGACAAUUCUUCAAUCUUCAGCAAGAGACUUUACCAUGGCUUUCUGAUUUACCAUGGAAUAAAGAUGAUGACUCCCGAUUACCUUUUAAUCCCUACUUUUUGUUUAGGGAAUAUGAUGAAGCAGAGGAUGCAUUGAGUGGAACCCAAUUAAAUGACUUUUUAGAGAAUCUUGAAUCAUAUAACAAACUUAAUUCGCGCAUUUCUUUUAUCGGAGUUAUUGUAGCACGAUUAUUUGUAAUUAAUGCAACACGCAAAUUGAAUGAAAAUGAAAAGAAAAUAACUGCUAAUUUACGAACAGCUUUGUACAAUAUUAGUUUAUCGCUGGUCUACAAACAACUUAUAAUUGGACUUUUAGAUAAUGAAAACCCUAUUUUACAGAUUAACCCAAGAGUUGAUAAUAAAAAUUUGUUAAUUCGUUUAGUAAUAAUUCACAUACUUGCAAUUCAUGCAUCCCUUCCGGAUAAUCAUUCACCAUUGACGCUAUAUCUUCACAAAUUGCAAAGAAAUACAUACAUACUAACUUGUCCAUCUGAUGAAGAAGCAAUAUUAAUGGGUGCACUUAAUGGAGGAUUUUCAUGGUACGAGUGUGCAUGUGGAUAUAAAUAUGUCGUUACUGAAUGUGGUCAAACCAUGCAGGAUCGACAAUGUCCAAGAAAAUGUGGUAGAAGAAUUGGUGGGCAAAAUCACAGAGCAGCAUCAGGGCAAACAAGGUUAAAUUCUAACCAGAUUCGAAAUGCCAUCGCUAAUAGAGAUAAAACCGGUUACAUAAUGGAAACAGGAUCAUUAGAACGGGGGAAAAGUGUUCGCGAAAUGACUGCAUCUUCAUAUCGAAUCUUGCAUCUUUUUGUUCACACUCUUAUUGCCUUCUCUGCGCAUUCACGUGAAUUCCUAAAUAAUCUUUCUGACCCUAUUGCACAUUGUUUGGAUCAUAUAACUAAAGACUGGGACACUUUAAAAAGCCUUUUAAACUGUAAUGAUGAAGAUUUAGCCUUAAUAUUGCAUGAUAUACUUCAUUCAAUCACGCGUGAUGGUCAAUUUCAAUCUUCUGUAUUAACAACACCAGAUGCGCGAACAAAGUGGGAACGUCAAUUCACCACAAAGUACGUAACCAACAGAGCUAAGAAUCCUACAGAUUCUGUAAUGAUGUUGCGUAAAAACCUUCAGAAAGCUAAAGAUGAUAGAAAGAAAAAAACUAGUGAUCUCGAGGCAGAAAUAAAUGAAACUUUGAUGACAUUUGACAAUAAUUAUAAAGUAACGCGAUUACCUAGACUAUGGAGACAUAUUGGGAAUACGAGCUUUAAUGAUUUUCGUGCAUAUUAUGAAAAUAACGAAAUAUAUCAAAAGAAUUUUCCAUUCAUUUCAGUCUUCUUCAAAUAUGAAGAGUUCUUACCACAUCUGAAACAUCUGCAUAAUUUAGUAAAAUUUGUACGUAUACUUUCUAUGUGCCUUAACUAUCGAAUUAAACGGAAUGAAGCUUUGCAUAUGACAUUCCGAGAGUUCAUCUAUAAACGUGAGGAACUUCAGCAUUCUCUUAAAGUUGCAUUUGAUAAUUUUGCAAAGUCAUGGAAUGCUAUAAUGCCACUUAUCAAAAGAUAUCAAUGCCAUGAUUUACCUACCAAUAAACCUAAAAUGAAUUUGGAUUGUCAAGUUGUCCUUGGCCUUAUGGAAGGCAAGGAUGUGGGCCUAUUUUUAUGUGCAGCUCUGGAAUAUCUAACCGACCUUCAAAACAAAUUCCUACGUGAUGUUGUGAAUAUUCAACCUGGAACGUGCCUUCCAUUAAAAUUUAUUGAGCAACACACAGAGCUUGAAUCAGGUGUAAAUAUCCAAUAUCAUAUCAAAUCCGUACGACUCGAAGAUGCACGACAAGUAAAUUUUAUCAAUUAUGAUUGGAAUCCGAAAAUUUUAGAAUAUAGUCAAUACAAUCUUGCUGUUGGUAAAGGACAAGAGAUCUCCUAUGACCUUUCUAAAAUAGAAGCAGAACUUGUGCAAAAUUUGGUUCUUAAUAAGACCUAUUUAGAGCGCAUUGAGUCAGGUGGACUCUUGCUAGAACCGUUCUCUUAUUGCAUGGAGAUGUUUCAAGGUUCUACAACUAUAUUAUAUGAUAUUAAACAAAAAAUCAAACAAGAACCAAUACCACAAGAUAAGGUAUUAUUACUCACUAGUGGAGUUUCUCAAAAUCAACAUUCUGAAUUUAUAACUAGAAACGCUGAGGUGACAUUUUCAGACAAUGAAUCAGAACUUUUAUCAGCAUUAGAAUUACUUUUAUGUUUCAUUAAGAGAACUACAGAUAUUGAUGCUGAUAUGACUCUCAAGAGUUAUAUUCAGCAAUGGGUAAAACUCUCCGUCCUCACAGAAAAUAAAAUAUUAGAAAAAGUGUUGAAAACUGAUUUACAACUCAAACAUGCUAUUGCGCUUUAUGAACUCGUUGAAGAAAAU